AUGCUGCCUCGCAUCCGAUCUCUGCCGUUGGGCCGUCUCCCAUUUACUCGUGUCGCUCGCAGAGGCCAGCAGGUCCGCAAUGGAUCCGGCGGUCAGCUCCCCUUCAAUGAGCCAUCAGGAAACCUCUUUGGCGAGCCGCGCCUCAAACCAGGAGAGAAGCGCGAGAAGGAGGACUGGGAAAACAUCUGGGUUUACGGCUAUGGUGGUUGUUUUGUCAUUGGAGGAAUUCUGUACUACAACAGGCCUGACACUACUAUUCAGACAUGGGCUAUGGAGGAGGCUAAGAAGAGAAUGGUGGAGGAGGGCAUCAAGCUUGACUACCCUCACACUCCUGUCAAGUACUAA